UCACCAACACACACAUAUGACACAGAACCGCGGUAACGAUGACCGCUUCAAGCAGUUGACCGGUCAAGCGCGCAAGCAAUUCAUUUUUCGAGAUCUGUACCGACCGCGAGAUCCAUUGUCUCGCGUCGAUCUCGUUACACGUUACGAUUGUCCGAAAUAUCUGCCGAAAACCGCCGGGACACGUGAAAUCGUAUCCGAAAUUCAGCUGAGGCCUCUAUCCGCAACGUAUAAAUACUCUCACGUUAAUGAUUAAUUGUCCAUUCGCCGCCGAUCGUUUAAUCGUCAUUAAUCGUUGACCGUCGCCACCGCCGCGCCACGAUGUCACCAUCUUGUUGGUUCAAUCAGUCUCUGUCCAUCUCCAAGCCAUCGUCGUUAUUGUCGUUGUUGUUGUUGUCGGCGUCGCUUCAGAUACAUCAGCUGUUGGCCACGACGGCGACGCGGUACAACGCCGGCGGUCUAGCAGCCGCGCUACACGACGAGGGUGAGAAGUGCGCGCAGUCCGYCGACCUUUGGCCAUGCCUCACCAAGAGUGGUUCAAAGGCCGUGGCCGCUAUGGCAGCGUACCCGGGCGAGAUACCGCUGAUAGGUCAAUACUUGACCGUUGUUCCGGACGGCCACGCGCGGUCCGUCGGUGACGUUCGCGAUGACGGGCGAGCAGCCGUGAACAAAAACGGCACUUCGUCGCCGCGGCGGCCGUCCACGUCGGUGUACUCUAAAAUCGCGGAAUUCAUGGAGAAGCGAUCGCUACGGUUGUCCGUACCCAUGGACGCCGUCGCAUGGCUGAUCGGCGUGACGACGUCGUCGCCUGUUACCAGGGAAGAGGGACGAAAGAAGGACAAAGGCGCCGGCGUGSUUAUGUUGGGCGGAAUGAUGAUGAUCACCACGCUCAUGUCCACCGCGUUCGGGGCGUUGGCGCUGAUGGCCGCCAAAGGGCUGUUGACUAGCAUACUUGCGCUGAUGUUUUCGGCAAUGGCCGUGUCGAAAAAGUCGGGUGGCCACGGCCACGCCAGGACCACGUACGAAAUAAUCAACAACCCGGGACUACACAAAGCGUACCAACACGCAUCCGAUUACAAAUUGGAAAACGGUGCGGCGGUCGUAUCGGACAUCAAUGAAGUUCAAUACAAUKCAGUUCAAAGCGAACCUAUUCAAUAUGGCAAUCAACAAUAUGAUUAAAACUAACAAUAAUAUACAUAAUGGUUCAAGAUUCUAGUUUUAGUAUAAUAUUAAUGAUAGGUUAU